CGCCGCGCGCUCUCACUCAGGUGCAGUGUUUAUGUGCAAGAGAAAGUGCGUGAUGAAAAACUACCUCAAAUACACUAACAUGUGUGUUAGGUCACAUCUUGUGCAAUAAAUCAUCAAAUAAAUAUGAUGACUCCGACUCCUUGACAAGAGUUCUGCAGCGGUCAAUAAAUAUUAACCAGCAUUCAGUGGGGCAAUCCCCAACAUUGGUCCUUCGAGCCGGAUCUAUUGACUACUGCAGUGAUGUCAUUGAAAGAGCAAGCCACUUCUCUCCCUCAAACUGAGACGUCAGACAGACCCUCACGGCAUCGUCGCACACCCAGGCAUCUGGAAGAGUAUCAUGUUGACUAUGGCCAUCACCGACCUGCUCUCUUCUCCUCACCCACAGAAGAGGUGCAAGUGGAGCAGAGAGGAGCAGCAGCAGCAGUGGGGCUAGCUAGUCAGUCACGAACAGUCUCCAGACAAGGUGAGCACCCAGACACAAGCUCCAUGGAUUUGUUGAGCAUGAGUUCAUUGAGGAAAAUGUUGAAGACUAUUUCUGACAAAGAGAAGGAUGAGGCUGCUGAUAUGGCUGCACUUCACAGUAAUCUUCAACAAUAUGAAAAACGACAGCGUCGGCGUAAAGAGCUGAUGGAACAUAUCACAUCGUUCUUGAGGGAAGAAGAGGAUGAGGAGGAUGAUCAAAGUGAAAAGCAUAUAGCACCACCAGUACGAUCCCCUUCAGUAACUUCUCCACGUUUGCCUCCCUCAAGUCAUACUACUCCAUCACAGUCACCUGACAUUGAGCUACCUACCCAAGGAUGUGUGAGUGACAUGCAAAAGAAUGCAAGUAAAUCUCCUGUGGAGGCUGAGGAUUUUAACUCUGGAUUUGUUCCAAUAUGUCCAGUCAGUUCAAUCCCCUUGUAUUCACCAGUAUCUUCUGGAACUAUACCUACUGUUUCACACCAACAGCAACCUGCUACAAGAGCAGAGACUGUGCCACCACUGUUUACGAAGCAGUCCCCCAUUUAUGAUGCUGGAAAGGCUUUUCAACCUCAAGUGCAGCCACCUUUAAUGGCACCUAAGCCAGUCUACCAGCACCUUAAUGCAGUUUAUGGCUAUUUGACAGGGUCACCUUCACAACAGCAGUUUACUGCUCUGCCUACAGCAAGUUUUGCGACUCCUCAUUAUACUCUUAUGACUCCAGCAGCAUCAGUCUCUCAAACCCAGCCUAGAGUUCCAGUUAUGACACUAAAUCCUCCUGCCUUUGAUACCCCCUCUCUGCAGCCAUUUAAUAAAGCACUGAAUCCAACUGAAUACUUUGUGCCUCAACGCCCUUUGCAUGCUGCCCCACAACCAAAGAUUCCUGAUUUUGUGAAUGACAAUGAAAGGGAAUUUGCUAACCUGAAGUUAGCACUGGACAACCUUCUUGAACCACAUGCAGAGCUAGAUGAGAAAUACAAGUACCAUAUUUUGCUGGAGCACCUCAAAUUGCCUGAAGCACAGAUGUUUGGCCAGUCUUGUCGCCAUCAUUUGUACCCAUAUUCAGCAGCUAUGCAAGCCCUUCAGUUGCAAUAUGGUCAACCACACCAACUGGCUCAGAGCGAAAUAGCAGCAAUCCUCACAGCCCCAGAGGUCAAACCAAAUGAUGCUCACAGCUUCCAGAGUUUCGCUCUUCGUGUACACCUCUUAGUGAGUAUGCUUUUGUCGUUGGAGGGUACCAGAGGGAUGGAGUUGAACUGUUGUUCACAUGUAGAUCGUUUACUCAGUAAGCUGCCCAAGUACUUAAGAGAUGGCUUCAUAGAGUUUCUCCAGCUGAGAGGGAAGCUAAACUCCCCAAGUAUUAACCCGUACAACCUACAAGACUUUGCUGGAUGGCUCCAAGUCAAGGCUCAGCAACAGCGACUUUCCAGUAGGUUAGUGUAACGUUACCAGUAUGAAAGAGCACUCAGUAGUUCAAAGGAGAAGAAUGCAGCUAAACCGAAAAGCCAAAGUACAACCUUGUAUCAUGGUGUAUCACCCACAGAGACUAAACCAUCCUCCAGUCCUAAGGUGUCUUGGAAAAGAACAUCACCCAAAGUUAUCUGCCUAUUCUGUGGCAGCAAAGAUCACUACAUCACUCGAUGCAGUAGUAUCAGAGAGCAGCCUGUUGCUGAACUUUGCAAGUGGAUUUCGGAGGAAAAGCACUGCUGGAAAUGUGCUCGUUCCCAUGCCCCCGAGACCUGUAAUCUAAAGAAACCCUGCAGUGACUGUGGUGGUAUUCACCUUCAAGUGCUUCAUGGUGUGGCCCAAAGUUAUACAACUAACACAGCAUCAGCUAACUCUGAGAGCCGUAUCUACCUCUUACCAUCCAUUGCAUCAGGCAGAGUCCUUCUGAAGGUGGUACCAGUGCUGCUACAUCACAGAUCAAAGACAUUUGAGACUUAUGCUAUACUGGAUGAUGGAGCACAGCGCACCAUGAUCCUGCCCACUGCUGUCCAGCAACUGCAGCUGAAAGGCGAACCUGAGACUCUAGCCCUUCGUACCGUCCGACCAGACACUACUCACCUCAGUGGCACAAAAGUCACCUUUGAAAUCUCUCCGAGAAAUAACCCAGAGAAACGUUAUCAGGUUUUAGGAGC